GCAGAAACUCAGCGGGGUCCAAUUCCCAAGUGGGGAAUACUGCAACAACCGCCGGUUGCCUGAUGGCGGAUGACUCGGAGGAGGAGUACGAUGAUGAGUUCGCCGACGACGUUGAUGAAGAAGUGGAGGAGGAAGACGAGGAGGAGGCAAAGGUUCAGCAUGACGGCUUCGUGUCCGCCAUCUUCACCACAGCCUCAGGCUCGCAAGUGCCUGUGCCCACGGUGCUGGCGCAGGAUGGGGCGUCCAUCUGGGCCGGAGAUGCCUACGAGUGGGAGAUGAAGGCCGCUUGCCCGGCGAAGCUGGCGGAGGUGCCGGCGCACCUGCAGGGCGGCACCCUGCUGCAGUGCCCCUCAGGCGCUGUAGGUAGUCCCCACUCGCAGCUGGUGGUGUCCUGUGCGCGGACUGCGCGGCUCUAUGUGGUGGUGGAGGUGCCUGCGGGCAAGAGCACUCCCUGCGCCGCAAGAGGCACCCUGGCAAGUUGCUUGGCCAGUGGCCAACGCUGGCUCGCAGAGGGCGAGGCGGCGCCCACUUGGAUCGAGGAGACGGAAGGCCGCCCCAAGCGCCCGGAGCUGCUGAUGUUCAGCACCUUUGCGCCGCCCAGGGCGCAGCUGCACCUGCCCCAGGCCUUUGCAGGCUUGGGCCGCGCCUUCGUGGUCGCCACGCCAGUGGUGCCGGGGGAGCUGGCGGCCACGAUCACUUCCAGCGCUCAGCUGCCCUUUGAGCAGGCGGCCAUGGAUGAGGGCGUGAUGCCCUGGCUGGACCGAGACCACCAGUACUGGGACAUCCCGGAGUUCAUGAAGCGGGGCAUCCUCUUCCAGGGCCUCUUCAAAGACGUGGCGCCGGGCACCACACUCACGGUGCGGCCCAACUCCGCCGCCCAGGUCUUCGUGAUCACGGAGCGGCGCUCAGGCACGCCAGCCAAACCCAGCUGGGCGGAAGACCUGGCGCAGACUUGGCAGAUGGAGGAAGCGGCCCCCCGGUGGCACGACCGGCCCACCAUGCGCAGCUUCAGCAGGAACUGCCCGGCCGGGUGGGCGCUCACGUUGCCGCCCUGCCACGCCCCCCCGAGGGAGGGCCCCGUCUUCUCGGUGGUGGUGACACCUGUUCCGGGCCAGGCCACCGCACCGCUGGAGGUGUCCAGCUUCAAAGAGGAGUCCUUUUGCGACGUGGACCUCGCCAAGCUCGAAGAGGGCGCGGCUCUGCGGCGACGCAACUCGGAGGUGGACGAGGCCGUGCUGGGCACCUUGGAGGAGGUGCCAGGGUGGAUGCACGGGACACUGGUGCGGCCAAAAGAAGACGGGGAGCUCCCUUCGCGCUUCGCCGUGCGCUGUGCCGGCUGCUCGGUGGUCUAUGCGCUGCUUCCGGCGCAUGCCAGCGCGUCAGUGCACAGCUCCAGGUGGGGCAAUGGCUGGGAGCCGCGGGAGGAGGCACCGACCUGGCAGCCCCAGGACGGGGGUCUGAAGAGCCGCCUGGCGGUGCUGGCGAAGCGGGUCUCGGCCAAAGAGCUGCUGGCGGUGCCCCCGGAAAUCCCCGAGGAGGUGCUGGCGCUGGUGGUGAAGCCGGACGCCGAAGCCUUCGAUGCCUCUGGGGAGACCAACCAUGGCCUGGAGCUAGCGCGCGCGCCUGUGAAGGAGACGGGCUUGGCGUGGACGGACCGGCAGAACCGCUUGGCCUGGAUCCCCCCGUGUAUGAACGGAGGCAUCCAACUGCGGGGGCCCCAUGAGCUCUACACCAGGCGGGAGAUGCAGCUAAAGCUUCGAGCUACCACGGCCUUCCGGGUCUUCGUGAUGAUCGAGGGGCAGUAUGAGUCUCUGGUGCCUCGCGACGGUGGCGGUCUCAUCAACCUCCUGCAGAGCGAGGGCUGGGUGUUGGACUCUGCGCCCACCCCCGCCUUUGGCGACGCCUCCAGCUGCCUGAAGCUGCUCAGCAAGCGCUGCCCAGAGGGCCAAGAGGUGCUGAUGCCCUUGUGCGGGAAGGUCGAGGGUGAGAUGCCGCUUCUGCUCAUGGUGAUGAUCGUCCCCUUGGGUCCUGAUCGCCUGGGCGAGGAGCUGAAGCGUUCCUUCGCGGCCUGGGACGCGGAGAACGAGCUAGGCAUCGGGCAACCGGCGCUGCAGGACCUGCUGGCGGCGCUGUGCCCGCAGUUGGACGAGCCCAACCGCAAGCUGGUGGUGCUGCAGGCGCUCACCACGCCAAAGGGUGAGGUGAGGAAGGCCAUGCCGCACGAGGAGUUUGUGGAGAAGAUCCUGUCCUUUGGCGCCGUGGGUGAGCGCGCUGCAUCGCCCGGAAGCCCUUGGGCAAUUUCGCCUGGAUGAUCCGUUGGAUCCUCGUCCCGGCACCUUGCCCGUUUGAUGUCAACGUUUGAAACCAGCAUUGCCCAGUGCCCGGAUUCCAGUUCUUUGGAGGCGCUUC